UUAUACCUAGAAAGAGACUAGAAGUUCUCCAUUAGCCCCUUUCUGGUCUGCCAAUAGACUUGUAAGCGAGGUCUUCGCUCAAGUCUCUUCUUAAACAAAACCGAAUAGACGCUAGUUCUCAAAUGAGAGGAAGACAAGCUUCAGUAUAAGCUCUUUUGCCGUAAGGGUAGAGGGCUUCUCCAAUCUUCUCCAACUCCUCCUCGCGAGGUAUUCUCCCGAUAGCGGCCCGCUCAGAAUACUCCUAAGCUUUGGAUACGAUUCAGAUUCGUGAAAUAAAGAAGAAACCUCCGAGAUUACUGUCCUGACAUAAAAAAAGGCGUACGUCGUCGCAACUAUCGCUUCGGGGGCACAGCUCUUGUCAAGAACGAGCUUGCGUGUGCCAAAGUCUGAAAAGCCCUCCCGCACGAGCCAUCUCCAGCACCCCAAGCCCACCAAGAUGGCCGACUCAACAAUCCCCGUCCGCGCAGGGCGCAAGAAGUACGCCAUCGUCGGCACCGGCGGCCGCGCCAUAUUCUUCUACACGGCGAUCGCGCGGGACUACGCCGCCACCUCGUGCAUCGUCGGGCUCUGCGACACGAACCAGACGCGGCUCGCCUACGCGAACAGCAAGCUCGCUAGCCUCGGCCACGAACCCGUACCCGCGUACGCGGCCUCCGACUUCGAGAAGAUGGUGCGCGAGACGCGGCCCGACGAGGUGAUCGUCACGACCAUCGACCGCACGCACAACAUCUACAUCGUCAAGGCGCUGGACCUAGGCGUGAACGUCGUGACCGAAAAGCCCAUGACGAUCGACGCGCCGCGGUGCCAGUCCAUCUUCGACGCCGUGUCGCGGAACCCGGGGAAGCGCGUGCGCGUGACCUUCAACUACCGGUACGCGCCGCACAACACCAAGGUCUACGAGCUGCUGCGCGCGGGCGCGAUUGGGAAGGUGACCAGCGUGCACUUCGAGUGGAUGCUGAACACGUCGCACGGCGCCGACUACUUCCGGCGCUGGCACCGCGACAAGCGGAACAGCGGCGGCCUGCUCGUGCACAAGAGCACGCACCACUUCGACCUCGUGAACUUCUGGCUGCGGACGCGCCCGGCGACCGUGUACGCGCAGGGCGACCUCAAGUUCUACGGGCGCGAGAACGCGGAGCUGCGCGGCGUCCCACCCUCCGCCAUAUACGCGCGCGCCAACGGCGCGCCGAACGCGAGGGAUGAUCCGUUUGCGCUGCACUUGGAGGACCAUCCGCAGCUAAAGGCCAUGUAUCUCGAUGCCGAGCACGAGGACGCGUAUUACCGGGACCAGAGCGUGUUCGGAGACGGAAUCAGUAUCGAGGAUACGAUGAACCUGCUCGUGCGAUAUCGUAAUGGCGCUGUGCUGACGUACUCGUUAACGGCAUACGCGCCGUGGGAGGGGUUCCGCGUCAGUUUCAAUGGGACCGGGGGAAGGCUGGAGAUGGAGGUUGUGGAGAACAGCUAUGUAAACUCGGGCGGCGACCAGGCGGCCGAAGGUUCGUUGGAAAAGCGGACAAUUACCCUGCGGAAGUUGUUUGAAAAGCCGCAGGAGAUUGCAAUUACUGAUGGUGUGGGUGCCCACGGCGGUGGGGACACGGUACUUCUAAACGACUUGUUUGGCGAGCCUACGACCGACGAGUACAUGCGGGCGGCGAGCCAUGUUGAUGGCGCUCUAUCCAUUCUGACUGGAAUUGCUGCGAAUAGGUCUAUCGCUACGGGACAGGUUGUGAACGUCGACGACGUGCUAAGAAUACCAUGAGGAAUGACGCUUGACCUAUCGAAUUAGUAGUUAAUGACUUUGGACGAGUUAUGAUAAUACUUAUAUCAGAUAAACAAUCAAUAGAAUGAUGACCCAAUAUGGCGCUGUGUAAGAUUCAGGUCCCCGUUGCUCAAUAAGUUAUUAAUACACAUAAAA